AUGCAUGCUAGAUAUGGAAUAAUUAUCAAAUAUUCACCAAUUCUUAUUGAACUUUAUGAUUUACCAAGCUUUAGAUUCUUUAGAUUUAAUUAUUCUUCCUCAUGUUAUCUUAUCCAAUAUUUUUUUUAUAUCAUAUAUGUGAUUAGACAAUUCAAUAUAAUAAAGAAAUAUAUUGCUCAUAUGCUAAUAUUUAUUAAUACUAAUUUUGUAUCAUUAUCUUAUUUGUUCUAUUUUUGUCUUAAGGCUCUUUUGUUUGCAUUAACUUCUAUUGUGCAUAGUAUUGAUUUUUAUUUUUGUAUUGAUGCUGCUACUGAUGCAUUUAUUUUCGUUUUUGCUGAUAUUGGCUUAUCUAUUAUUUAA